AUGGCGGAACUUAAGACUCAAGAGUUCGAAGCAGAUGGAGUCGACACCAUAGUUACAGCAGACGACCGACCUUCACCGCGCAGCAAGCCUGCUUAUGGCACGUUUCUGCGAGGGAUGUGGCCGUUCAGUCACAGCGCCAAGUAUCACUCCCACAAUAGUCACACUCCCAACGGUGCUGCUGCUGCUGCUGCUGCUGCUGCUGCUGCUGCUGCUGCUGCUGCUGCUGCUGCUGCUGCUGUUGCUGCCGCUGCUGUCGCUGCUGCACCUGCUGCUGCUCCCCUUGUUGCUGCUCCUCCUCCUGUUGAUCCUCCUGCUGCCGUUCCACUUGCUGCUGCUCCUCCUCCUGCUGCUGUUCCCGCUGCUGCUGUUCCUCCUCCUCCUGCCGCUGUUCCCGCUGCUGCUGUUCCUCCUCCUGCUGCUGCUGUUCCUCUCGCUGAGGCCAAGGCUGUGGAGAAUGGCAUGCAGGAACUGACCAUGAAUGAAGUGCCAGCACACAGCAGCACGGAGGCUCCACACAACAGUGAUGGCUUAGAUGACGUUGCACACCCCUCACACGAGCCUUCCACGUCUCUUGAUGCCCCAGCACACCCCUCACACGAGCCUUCCACGUCUCUUGAUGCCCCAGCACACCCCUCACACGAGCCUUCCACGUCUCUGGACGCAUGUCUGCACCUGCUGAUGAGCAUAGACGAAGCUGACAUGGCGGCAGGCCUGGUAGCUGCAGCAGGCCACGUGGCAUGCGGGGACGCUGACGUGGUGCAUGAGGUGUUUGACGCGCUGCCCUUUCACUUCGUCCGAUCGCUGCUGGAAGAAUCAGUGGGGGAGAGGCUUGAAGCAACAGCACUGGGACCAACGCAGGAUCCACCAACAUCAGCGUCAGCAGCAGGAGCAGCAGCAGCAGCAGCAGUGUCUGUACUCGUGGUGGUCACUGAGCAACCGGAACUAGCCUGUCUGCCUCCUGUACUCCACCUGCUGGACCCUCUCAGCCAGAUUAUUCUCCACGGGCGGACAGUGUCUCUCGUCCGAGACGCUUGCCUAUGUGUGCUGGCGGUGGCGCGGGGAUCAGAAGCGGGCAUGCGGGCGUGCAGGGAGCAAGGCAUGCUCGGGGUGGUCGCUUGCUCUCUUGCUGCCAUCACAGACCCUUCCUGCUCAGCUCUUGCAGCGGACCUGCUAAGCGUUCUGGUCAAUGCUGCAUCUCCCCUCGAUAUCUUCCAACACGGAGACUCGCUUGCUGCUGCUGUGCCAGCCCUAGCAAGGCAGCUAGCAUCAAGCGAAGACAGCAGCAGCAAGCACAAGAUAGUCACCCUGCUGCUCGCUCUGCUCUCGACAACUCAACAACAACAGAACCACCGCCCUGCAUUGUCUAGCGCUACUCAAAGCACCGCUGAGCCGGAGCAGUUGGAGGGUCUGGUUCAGCAGGGCGUGAAGAGGCUUGAGCCUGUUGUGGCUGGUCGAGUGUGGGCAGCAGACCUUCGGGGUGGCAUUCAGUGCAUUCUCUCUUCCACCACUGGUUAG